AUGGUACAGCGCGGGCGUGGAGGCAGGGACGCCGCAGUGGGUGCCGCUCAUGGGCAUGGGCAUAUGCGGCAGUUGUACGAGUUGGUUUACAACGGGGGGGCGGUGGGGACGGUGACGUUGCGGCCGGACCUGCCGCGGCACGGGACGCUUGACCCGAGCAAUGUUGUGUGCACGCUAGUGGAGCUGUACCACUCGAUUCCGGGCGACAUCCCGCUGAUUAAGACGCAUUCGAUCGCAGGGUGGGUGUUUCUGAACGAGGUGGAGCCCGGGAACCUGAUUGUGUGGGGCAAGAGCGACAUGCGCGUGGUGGUGGACCCGAUGGAGAUGAGCGCGCAGCAAGAGCAGGCCGCGCUCCUCGGGGGCGUUGGGUACGGCCAUUGGUCGGAGCUCGAGGACGUGGCGGCAGCGGCGGCGGCAGCGGCGGCGGCGGCAGCUGGUGCGAGCGCGCAUGCCCACGCUGGGGCGGGCUCGCACGUGGGAACAGCGGUGGGGGGACCGGGUACGGGUCCUCUUGCGCACAAUGCACAUGCUCAUCAACACACACACCAACACGCGCAUCACCAUGCGCACCAGCAUCGACAUAGUGGUAUGGUAAACCUUACCCGCUUUAAUUCUGCACCCCCGGGCAUCAUGGAGUUCCAAACGCCGGAACAGGUAAAAGACUACAUACAGAGGAUCUACGCCUUUCAGGAGCGCAUCGGCAUUGUGUGCCUGAAAACAAAGGACUACAAGAGCAAGGUGACGCGGAUCGACUUUGGAUGCGAGUUCUAUGGCACGCGGGCAGGCAAGACAGCGGCGCCGAACGACAUAUCGCCGGGCGGAGCCGCCAACGGAGAUUCUGACGAGCACCGCACUAGAUCCACGCACCACCUGGGUAGCGGCACCAAACGCUGCCCGUUCUUCAUCAGGUACCGCUACCAAUCGGCCAAAGAUAAUUACUAUCUGGACGAGGCUUGCUCGAACUUGGACCACGACCAUGACCGCGUCGAUGUGUGGAACUACAACACCAACAAGCGUCUGCUCAUAAAGGAAUACAAAAGACAGCUAAUCCAAUUAAUGUCCUCGAGCGACAAUGUCUCAUCGGGCGAUGUGAUUCGUUUGCUGGUAUCUGAGGCCAGCAAGGACGACCUCUAUAAGGGUUACUUCUCGAAUAACACCAGGAAAAAGGAUUUCGCUAAAGCAAUGAGGAAAAACUGCGAGUACUUUCGCAGGUCUUAUUUGGACAAACGGAGUUUUGACGGGCAGGUAACAUGA